AGCAUUCAGAGAUGCUGCGGUUACGCCGCAGUGCUGCCGUCCUGCUGCCGCUGCGGGCUGGGGUCGCGGCAGCCGCCAUGUCUACUCUGCUGGUCAGCCAGCACGACUACGCCUGGCUGCGGGAGCUGGGCCUUCAGGAGGAGAACCCGGGAGUCUACAACGGGAGCUGGGGCGGCCGCGGGCAGGUUUUGACGACCUUCUGCCCCGCCAACAACAAACCCAUCGCUAGCGUCCGGCAGGCUAGUUUGGAGGAUUAUGAAGAAACAGUAAAGAAGGCUAAAGAAGCAUGGAAGGUCUGGGCUAAUAUACCUGCACCGAAGCGUGGAGAAAUAGUGCGACAGAUUGGUGAUGCUCUGAGACAAAAAAUUAAAGUUCUGGGAAGCUUGGUCUCUUUGGAAAUGGGAAAGAUUUUUGUUGAGGGUGUUGGGGAGGUGCAGGAGUAUGUUGACAUCUGUGACUAUGCUGUUGGUUUGUCCCGUAUGAUUGGUGGACCUAUUUUGCCCUCAGAAAGACCUGGCCAUGCCCUUAUAGAGCAGUGGAACCCUGUUGGCUUAGUAGGAAUUAUCACAGCCUUCAACUUCCCUGUAGCAGUUUAUGGGUGGAACAGCGCAAUUGCAAUGAUCUGUGGAAACGCUUGCCUCUGGAAGGGUGCUCCCACAACAUCCCUCAUUAGUGUUGCUGUUACAAAAAUAAUUGCCAAAGUCUUGGAGGAUAACAAAGUGCCUGGAGCGAUCUGUUCUCUGGUUUGUGGUGGAGCAGACAUUGGGACAGCAAUGGCAAAGGACGAGAGAAUGGACCUGUUGUCCUUCACUGGCAGCACGAAAGUGGGCAAGCAAGUAGCGCUUAUGGUUCAGGAGAGAUUUGGUCGAAGUCUGCUGGAACUGGGAGGAAACAAUGCCAUUAUUGUGUUUGAAGAUGCAGAUCUGAACCUGGUCAUCCCAUCUGCUCUAUUUGCUGCUGUGGGAACAGCGGGUCAGAGGUGCACAACUGCUAGAAGGCUGUUCCUCCAUGAAAGCAUCCAUGAUGAUGUGGUGACAAAGCUUGCUAAAGCCUAUGCCCAGGUCCGCAUCGGUGAUCCAUGGGAUUCUGACACUCUGUAUGGGCCUCUUCAUACCAAAGAAGCAGUGAAAAUGUUCCUUGAUGCAAUAGAACAAGCGAAACAACAGGGUGGCUCUGUGGUUUAUGGUGGAAAGGUUAUAAAUCGCUCUGGAAAUUAUGUUGAACCAACCAUUGUGACUGGCCUUCCUCAUAAUGCACCCAUUGUCCACACUGAGACGUUUGCCCCCAUACUGUAUGUGCUGAAAUUUAAGGAGGAAGAGGAAGUUUUUGCCUGGAAUAAUGAAGUAAAACAAGGUCUUUCCAGUAGUAUCUUUACCAAGGAUUUGGGAAGGAUUUUCCGCUGGCUUGGACCAAAGGGAUCUGACUGUGGCAUUGUGAAUGUCAACAUCCCAACCAGUGGAGCUGAGAUUGGAGGUGCUUUUGGUGGUGAAAAGCACACUGGUGGGGGAAGAGAAUCUGGAAGUGAUUCAUGGAAACUUUAUAUGAGACGAUCUACUUGUACAAUCAACUACAGCAAGGAUGUACCUUUGGCUCAAGGAAUCAAGUUUCAGUAACAGCCUUGUGAAUGGCCAUGCAUUUCAGAACCAAGCGCCUUCUAAGCCUCAUGAGGAAGAAGAUUAAUUAUGUGGAAUUUACCUGCAGCAAAGAUACAAAUUCUGUCAAAAAAUCAGCUACUCUAAAAUUACUUCGGUUUCAGUAUAUAAAAUUACUGCUUUGGUCUUCAUAUGAGAAGUAUGUGGUCUUUGGGAAGAACAGAGGGUGACAAAAGCUAACAAACUUGGAUUCAGAUGGCCUGGAUAAUCUGUGGCCUUAUUACUAUAUUUCAGUAUCAACACUGUAUCUCCUGCUUCCUCACUAUUCAUUGAUAUUUCCAGCCAGUAGAUCUAUGCUAUCUAUCAUGUAGUUAACUGGUGCUGUGGAGGGUGGGCAAUACAGGGCUAUUUUUAACAUAUAAAUAAAGGUAUAUUUUGUGAGAUACCUUGCA